UGGUGUUCAUCAGUGAUGCCAAGAUAAUGCAGGAAUCGUUUGUGAAGCAGGCCUCAGACUUCAGUGAUCGCCCCCGGGAUGUGUUGCCGAUACUCAAGUUUUUGGACGAGAAGGUUGGCAGUGGCGUGAUCCUGAGUAACGGCGUGGCGUGGCAGGAGUUACGUCGCGUCAGUCUGACGGCCAUGAGAGAGCUGGGGGUGGGCAAGAAGAGCUUGGAGGAGAAAGUGAUGGAGGAGACCUCGGUCAUUCUGGAGCAGCUGUCUAGGCUGGAGGGUGCGCCCUACCACAUGAAGCCUAUCCUGUCUAAGGCUACGUCCAACGUCAUUUGUAAUGUCAUCUUUGGAACAAGGUUCCAAACAUGUUUCUGAAGACGUUCAUGGAAACGGACGAAUACGUGAAGGAACUCAUGAAAGGGCACGAAGCGACCUAUGACCCUGACAACAUUCGCGACUUCGUGGAUCUGUUGAUUGAGGUCCGGACGCAGAACAAAGGAAACAGGCACUUCACAGCCACAAACAUGCGUCGGGUGAUCGUAGACUUGUUCACAGCGGGCUCCGACACCACGGCCAAUGCUCUCUACUGGGCCAUGUUGUUGAUGGCCGCUCAUCCGGAGGUACAGAGGAGGUGUCACGAGGAAAUAGACUCGGUUGUCGGCAGAAGUCGCCAGGUAACCAUCGCUGACAAGGCACAGCUGAAGUACAUCGAGGCUACCAUCUUGGAGGUGUUGAGGAUGGGCAUCAUUGCUCCCUUCACUGUGCCCCACUGUGCGGCGAGAGACACAUCUAUCAGGGGCUACCAUAUCCCAAAAGACACAGUCAUCAUCGGGACCAUUUUCCACAUGAAUAGGGACCCCACCCAGUUUCCUGAGCCAGACAAGUUCAAACCCGAACGCUUCCUGGACGACAAGGGGAACCUCAUUAACAGGGACCGGGUGGUUUCCUUCUCUGCUG